AUGCGUCUUUGGCAACAAUCGCAUAGGCCUCAAAAUCCUUCGGUGGGAACUGAUGUUGGAAACAAUGGAAGUUAUGUUCCUUCAACACCUACUUCACCCACCCCUGUACCAGCUUCUGGACUUUUGCUCAUCCGUGUUGUUGAAGCUCGUGGGAUCUCUUUACCUCCAGGUAUAAGGCCUCCACAAAUUCCACCACAUUUUUCUUCUUCAACUCCAACAACUACAAGGGGUAACAGAGAUAGUAUGCAAAGGAAACAGUGCUGGUGGCUUCCUUAUGUGGUUUUAGAGUUUGAUAAAAAUGAAGUCUUGAUCGACGCUUUAGGUGGUGAAGUUCAAAAUCCAACUUGGCAAUACCGAGCAAAUUUUGAUGUUUCUCGUGAGUCUGAUGUAUCAGUACAAAUUUACUUGCGUAAAUCCACUCAAACUGGGCAUCAUACUAAUGAUAUGGGAAACGACGUUUUCUUGGGUGGCGUAAAAUUUUUACCUAGUUUUAAUGAUCCAAAUAAAAUGCAUGAAAAUUGGUUCCCUCUACAAGGAGGAAGUGGUAGCGUACAAGUGCACGUUUGCUACAAGAAGGAUCAUGCAAAUAUCCCCUUGACGAUUGAUGCGUUUGAUUUAUUAAAAGUCAUUGGUAAAGGCAGUUUUGGCAAGGUCAUGCAAGUACGCAAACGAGACACCUCUCGAAUCUACGCGUUAAAAACCAUUCGCAAAGCUCAUAUCGUUUCUCGGUCGGAAGUUAAUCAUACGUUAGCAGAACGCACAGUUUUAGCACAAAUUAAUAAUCCAUUCAUCGUACCGUUGAAAUUCUCAUUUCAAAGUCCGGAAAAAUUGUAUUUGGUACUUGCUUUUGUUAAUGGUGGUGAAUUGUUUCAUCAUUUACAAAGAGAAGGACGUUUUGAUGAAGAGAGAUCGAGAUUUUAUGCAGCUGAAUUACUUUGUGCGUUGGAAUGCUUACAUGAUUUCAAUGUAGUUUAUCGGGAUCUAAAACCCGAAAACAUUUUGUUAGAUUAUUCAGGCCACAUCGCUUUAUGCGACUUUGGUCUUUGCAAAUUAAACAUGACUGAGACAGAAACGACCCACACUUUUUGCGGGACACCGGAAUAUCUUGCCCCUGAAUUACUAUUAGGACAAGGUUAUACAAAAACAGUAGAUUGGUGGACUUUAGGUGUUUUAUUAUUUGAAAUGUUGACGGGUUUGCCACCAUUUUAUGAUGAAAAUACCAAUGAAAUGUACAGAAAAAUUUUACAAGACGAAUUGAGGUUUCCAGAAGAAGUUGGGGGUGAAGCAAGAAGCUUACUAACAGGGCUAUUAACUCGGGAACCUAACCAACGCCUUGGCAAUAAUGGCGCACAAGAAAUAAAGGAUCACCCAUUCUUUUCCUCUAUUGAUUGGAGAAGAUUGAUGCAGAAGAAAGUACAGCCACCGUUUAAACCCAGUGUGGAAUCUGCCAUUGAUACAUCAAAUUUUGAUGAGGAAUUUACCUCAGAGACACCCUUAGAUUCUUAUGUAAAUGAGCCGCAUCUUUCAGAAACCGUACAGCAACAAUUCGUCGGUUUCACUUUCAAUCCUGCUCAUGACGGAUUAAUGAGCGGAAGUAUGGCAAAUUCAGUACAAGAUCUUUAA